CAGAGUCACUGCGUGGAUGCCCCAGCAUGGAUGACUACAGAGUCCUGAGAGUGAUCGGGGAGGGCUCCUUCGGCAGAGCUCUUCUGAUUAAGCAGGAAAGCAGUCAUCAGAUGUUUGCCAUGAAAGAAAUAAGGCUUCCCAAGUCUUCCACUGAUAAGCAGAAAUCUAGGAAGGAGGCUGUUCUGUUAGCCAAAAUGAAACACCCCAAUAUUGUCACCUUUAAAGAAUCGUUUGAAGCUGAAGGACAUCUGUAUAUUGUGAUGGAAUAUUGUGAUGGAGGGGAUCUAAUGCAAAAAAUUAAACAACAAAAAGGAAAAUUAUUUCCUGAAGAUAUGAUACUUAAUUGGUUUACCCAGAUGUGCCUUGGAGUAAAUCACAUUCAUAAGAAACGUGUUCUACACAGAGAUAUCAAGUCCAAGAAUAUCUUCCUCACCCAAAAUGGAAAAGUAAAAUUGGGAGAUUUUGGGUCUGCUCGCCUCCUUUCCAGUCCCAUGGCAUUUGCUUGUACAUAUGUGGGAACACCUUAUUAUGUGCCUCCAGAAAUUUGGGAAAAUCUGCCUUAUAACAAUAAAAGUGACAUCUGGUCCUUGGGAUGCAUCCUGUAUGAACUCUGUGCCCUUAAGCAUCCAUUUCAGGCAAAUAGUUGGAAGAAUCUUAUCCUCAAAAUAUGUCAAGGGCCCAUCAGUCCACUGCCAUCACAGUAUUCCUAUGAGCUUCAAUGUCUAAUCAAGCAGAUGUUUAAAAAGAGCCCCGCACAUCGCCCUUCAGCUACAACACUCCUUUCUAGAGGCUGCUUAGCUCGGCGUGUCCAGAAGUGCUUACCCCCUGAGAUCAUCACAGAAUAUGGUGGGCAUAUAUUAGAAGAAACCAAAAGAUCUAUGCAUAAUACACCAAGAAAAACAGCAGACCCGAGCAGAAUUAAGAUAGCUUUGGGAAAUGAAGCAAGCAUAUUGCAAGAAGAUGAACAAGGUGUAAAGUGUAGCCAUACUGAUUUAGAAAGCAUUACUAAAAAUUCGGUUGGAAGUUCAUUGAGGAGAGUAAACAAAGAAGAAAUAGGUAUUAAGUCAGGCCAUCUGAAGAAAGCCAGUUCACCAAGUCCUCAUAGGAGACAGUGGGAGAAAAAAGCGCCGAAUGUGGCUCUAACAGCUUUGGAAAAUGCAUCCAUACUUACUUCCAGUUUGACAGCGGAGGAUGACAGAGGAGGUUCUGUAAUAAAGUACAGUGAAAAUAAUACCCGUAAGCAGUGGCUGAAAGAGACCCCUGAUACCUUGUUGAACAUCUUUAAGAAUGCUGAUCUCAGUCUGGCUUUUCAAACAUACACAAUAUAUAGACCAGGUUCAGAAGGGUUCUUGAAAGGCCCCCUGUCUAAAGAAACAGAUACAUCAGACAGUGUCGAUGGAGAUUGCGAUGCUACCAUUUUGGAUCCAGAGAGACUCGAACCUAGGCUGGAUGAAGACGACACGGACUUUGAGGAAGAUGAUGACAGCUCCGAUUGGCUAUCAGAACUGAAGAGGAGAUCUGGCUGGCAAGACGUGUGUGACGGAUAACGCUCAGGGAAAUGUUUCCUAGUCACGUGGAAAUAUUUCAAAUGAAGAGUCCGUGUCAGAAUAAUAA